UAUUGAUAAGAGUAUUUUUGUAAGAACUUAAAGAAAAGAUAGCGCUCGGUACGCAUGACGUCCAUCUUGAUAACGAAGGUGGCGCUAAGUAUGUCCAGUGUCCAUCUUGAUAAAAAACAUGGCGCUCGGUACGCUCGUCGUCCAUCUUGAUUCGGGUUUCCCUUCUUAUCUAUAUUUGCUUUUGUGAUACCUAUAAUCCACGUAUUAUAGUGUGUGAUUGGAGAAAUAUAUGAAGUUAUAAAUGUGUGUGUAUGUAUAUGUAUGUAUUAAGGUAGCCCUAUUCUAACACGUAGUGUGCGUGAUAUUGGUUACACUUGAAAGAGACAUACACUUCGGGCUUUACUUAAAAAUAAGAAAAUUGUUUGAGAGAGUGUGUGAGAGAGAAAGAGAGAAGAAGAAAGUUCUUUAAGAGCAACAGGUAAAAAGUAUGUUGAAGAGGAUGAAAGAAUAUUCUUUAUGGUUAUUGUUCUUGGUAUGUAUGAAUUUUUUUGAUACAUUCGGCCACGUAACCGGCUCACAGGUCUCAUACAUUCGAGGUAUACCGGUUUCAAAAAAUACACUUUAUGCACCCGAUCGUGAUUUUGAAUGUCUCGAUGGUAGCUUAUUGAUACCAUUUCAUUAUGUCAAUGACGAUUAUUGCGAUUGCGGGGACGGUAGCGAUGAACCUGGAACCUCGGCUUGCCAAAAUGGUUCUUUUUAUUGUAAAAAUUUUGGUCACAAGCCUAUUUACAUACCAUCUACCCGGGUGAAUGACAACAUUUGUGAUUGUUGUGAUGGUAGCGAUGAGUAUACUUCUACUAAACAAUGUGUUAACAAUUGUCAUGAUCUUGGUAGAGAAGCUAGAUUAGAAGCACAAAAAGCUGAAGAAUUACAAAGGGAAGGUAACAAGAUACGUUUGGAAAUGGUUGCCAAAGGUAAACAGAUCAAGAGUGAUACUCAUGCUCAUGUCAUGAAAUUAUGGGUCGAUUAUGAAGAAGCUAUAAAAGUUAAAAAAGAAAAAGAAAUUUUGAAAACUCAAGCUGAGGAAAGAGAAAGCAUAGCUUUGAUGAAAUACAAAGUGGACAAGCCCGAACAAGUUGCAUCCAAAGAAACAACGGAGGAAGAAGAAUUAAGACAAUCUGAAGCUGAAGAUUACUUUAAGAUAUUAGACUCUGAUGGUAGCAAUACAGUUACCAUAGCAGAGUUACAAACUAGAGCUACCUUUGAUAAAGAUCGUGAUGGAGCUGUAUCCCAAGAGGAAGCUAUGUUCUUUUUGAAUAAUCAGAAAGAAGUAUCGUUGCAAGAAUUUAUAGAAUCAGCUUGGGGUAAUAUCAAACCAUUUGUCAUGCUUGAACAAGGCAUAUUUAAACAUCCAGAACACAAAAUAGAAGAAAAAGAAGAAGAAGAAGAAGGGGAAGAAGAAGUUCAAGAAAAAUUGGAAGAAGGACAUGUCAAAGAGGAGGAACACGAUACUAUAGAAGAGGAAGAAGAUUUAGGGGAUGAGCAUGAAAAAGAAGUUGAAGAACAAGAACCUGAUGAGCAAGAACCUGAAGUACAGUAUGAUGAAGAGACUCAAGUAUUCAUAGACGAGGCAACAAGUGCACGCGAACGAUUCCAAGUAGCUGAGAAAACAGUUAAUGAUCUCCAUUCUGAAAUCAAACGAUUGGAGGAAAAAUUGGAACGUGAUUAUGGAAAGGAGGAUGAAUUCGUAACGUUAGAUGGAGAGUGUUUUGAUUAUUCCGACUUAGAAUACACAUAUUCCCUUUGUCUAUUUGGUAAAGCAUCGCAAAGAUCAAAAUCUGGUGGAAGUGAUGUUAGUUUAGGAUAUUGGAGCGAAUGGAUAGGACAAGGUAACAAAUAUUCCAAAAUAAAAUAUGACAAGGGUCUUACAUGCUGGAAUGGUCCAGCUCGUUCAACCAUCGUUAAUUUAAGUUGUGGCAAAGAAAAUAAACUCAUUUCUGUAACAGAACCAAGCCGUUGCGAAUACGCAAUGGAAUUUGUCACGCCCGCUCUUUGCAAUCCAAGUACAGAAAAACAAGAUACACAUGAUGAAUUGUAAAUUCUUUUAUCUUUUGGUAUUUUUUUGUUUUUGUUUCUGAAAGUGUGUUCAAUGGUGCACAUACCCAGUAUAUUCGAAGCACAUAAUUUGUGAGUCUUGAAAAUGAAGGACAUGAUUGCGAGAAGAGUUAUAUUAUACGUUAUUUUUUAAUAUCCACUUUUUGUUUCUUCUUUAAUAUAGUAUUUGCAAGCAUUAAACUCUACACAAAAAGCAAACAAGUUAAAUCAAUUAAAGAAGAACAUGUUAUACAGAACAAUGGAUUAGAAUUUUAGAAAUAUUUAAUUCCUAUUAUUAUAGUAACGAUGUACACUGGCAUUUUCCAGCCGUCGUUGUUUCUUUAGUUAAUUUAUAUUAUAAGUCUUAAUGAAAUGGUGAUAAGCAUAACAUAUAUAUCCUUUACUGUCAGGGAGAGAUGCAUAACAAUUAAUAUCAAGACUUCUCAGUGAGAAGAAUUUUGUUGAUGCAUUCGUCAAAACUCUAAGUUGAA